AUGCAGCACAAACGUGCAGUCAGCGGCGUCGACCAUUGUACGCCACAUCGGUGCGCGUCGAGUGCGGGUGCGGGCCACACCCGUGCUUUCAAAGAUGUGGCAAAGGAAGAUAAAUCAGACACAACAGAUCAGUCACUGAGAUCUGCUCUGCUCUCCUGCUCAUGUGAUUUUCUGAUGUCAUAUAACCGAAAGAUGUUGAAGAAGAAGGAAGUGAAUCUUGAGAUUGUGUUAGUUCCCCUUGAUGUAACUUACUAUGAUUUCAAGAAACAUUUUGGAGGCACACAAUGGUUUUCAGUGCCAUACAAGGGCAAAUGCCGGGAGAAAUUGGCUUGUUAUUUUAACAUUCCACCUGAAACUGUUCAAAUGGUUUUUGGUCCAGAUGGAAAGAUAGUUAAUUCUAAUGCUGUUAGUGUCAUUGAAAAUUAUGGAUACAAUAAUGUUUUUCCAUUUACAUCAGAAAGAUAUGCAGAAAUUGCAGGGAUGGUAAGAGCAAGAGUUGAAGCAUGUACACUUGAGUCAGUUUUUAUUUCGUGGGAGAAAGAUUUUGUGAUUAAUAAAGAUGGAGCCAAGGCAAAGGAUGAUGCAUUUGAAGUAACACACAUCUUAGAUGAAAGGGGCUACAAUUUUCAUGAAUUAUUUUCUAGAGUCCCAUGGCUAGGACUCCCAUGUGGUGACAGGAGGAUAAAUCUUGCACAACUUGCUUUCCAAAUCGAGCGUAGGGAUUUCCCUGCUGUCAUAGCUCUUGGACCAACUGGCAACCUCAUAAAAAGGAAAGCAAAAGAUGUCAUUUUGCUAUAUGAUGCUGAUGCAUAUCCUUUUACUGAUGAGCAUAUACUAGAAGUUGAAACACAAACUGAGGAAAUGGCAAUGGACUGGCCUAGGAAGGUGAAGCAUCCUCUCCAUGUGAAUUAUGAUCUAGUUCUCCAAAACAUUAAGCUAUACGCUUGCAGAAAGUGCAGUUUUGGGGGAGUUUUGUGGACUUACUGUUGUCAAGGGUGUAAUUAUAAAUACCAUCCUAAUUGUGCUAUAGGGGAAGACAUUGGUGCUCAAAAAUUUGAGUUGCCUUGUAAAAAUUAUAUGUAUGGCCCAGGAAAUGGAAGACCAUGUAUGAUGGAUUGA